AUGCUUGUGGACGUUCCAUCAACAGCCCGAAAGUCAACUCUACAAUCGAAACGAGCAUCGACAGUAUCCGAACCACUAUUAGUAGCAGGUGAAACUUACGGGAAAGAUUAUUCACCAGGCACUGGUGAAACGUCGUCGAAUGAAACUAUUAUUCGGUAUACAUCAUGGCGAUGGAUGGUCGUUUUUGGCUCAUUUGGCGCACAUUUCGUUGCUGAUGGUGUUCUGUUUUCGUUCGGUAUUCUCAUGCAUAUGAUCAAGGAAGAUCUCAAAAUUGAAUUACAUACAGUUGGCAUCAUUGCUUCGUUAUUUGUUAGUCUACCGUUAUUUCUAGCACCAAUAUCUAGCGCGCUAGUGAAUCGAAUGGGUUGUCGAUGUGUAACUAUGUUGGGUGGAUUUUUAUGCUCACUAGGUUUGCUUAUUGCUUCACUGCUGGGAAACUAUGUCGGGGCUUUAAUUGGUAUUGGCUUCGUUUGUGGAACGGGUUUGUCAUUUGUUUAUGUGCCAGCUGUCGUUAUUGUUGCACAUUACUUUGAUGAGAAUCGCGCUAUUGCUACGGCCAUUGCUGUUGGCGGAACGGGCUUAGGAAAUGCGGUUGUUGCACAAUUUAUUCAUAUCAUCAAUGAUUACUAUAGCGACUGGCGAGAGACGACAUUGUUAUUAUCAGGUGUACUGUUCACGAUUGUAGGUUUCGGUGCACUUUUUCGUCCGGUAGAAUUUUCAUUUGAACACACGAACACUCCGAGUUAUGAAAAGAAGAUCAAUGAUCAUCGUUUGCCACCAUCAUGUAUGACAUCGAUCGAAAAAUUACAACGUUUCAUUGUCGAAAUGGAUAAACAAUGUGCAUCACGUCAAGCACAUCAAUCAGUUAGUAUAUCAACGUCAAAUUAUGAAGCCCCCAAUGGCGAACUGUAUGAUUCGUACUCGGCCGAUGAUAUACAGGAACUUGAAGAUGAAUUUGAUGAAAAUUUUCAAGUGACAGUACCAUUAUCAAAAUUUCGAAAUCUAGUAAGAAGUCAAACGACUGGAGAUAAGCCCACUACCGGAAUCAGUUCUUCAACAAAUCGUCUCUCUCGCUUCUAUUCACUUCCUCCUGAAGAACAAGAUAAACAACUACUAGAAGUUUAUUAUCAACCAAUUAGUCAAAAAGAUAUAUUCUACCGUGGAGAUGUUCCACUUAAAUCAUCUUCUCUCGCUCAAGUAAGCUGUCCGAAUUUAAUUCAAUCAUAUGUGUUCGAAGAGUCAGUUACAACAAUAUCCGACGGUGAUACGAACUCCAAUCAUAGCCAGCAUCAUCGAAAAGUACUUUUUCGCAAAGGACUAUCCUUUUGCCAUACACUACGUCGAAUGUUAGGUUUACAAUUAUUUCACGAUUAUCGUUAUGUGAUCUUUUUCGCUUCACAAUUUUUGUUCUAUUUAUUCUAUGAUUUAAUCUAUAUUUUCCCUGUCGACUAUGGUGAAAAAGUUAUUGGCUAUUCGAAAAAGCAGAUGACUAUGUUAGUGACAAUCCUUGGCUUUGGACAGUUUUUCGGCCAACUAUUCUAUGGGCUUUUAGCAAAUUAUUCGAAAAUUGAUGCAAUGAUACUCUACAAUAUCGGCGCGAUGCUCUGUGGACUCGCUAGUUUUCUUAUUCCAUUCAUUGCACAUUCAUAUGUAACGUUGAUGAUGAUUAUAUUACUCUUUGGACUUUCAAUAUCGGCUAACUAUGCAUUGACAUCAAUUAUUCUGGCCAAUAUGUGUGGUCUAGAAUUACUAACAUCAGCGUACGGUCUAAUUUUACUUGGCCAAGGUGUAUCGUCCUUAUCGGGACCAGUUGUUGGAAGUUGGAUUGCUGAGCGUUAUGGAUAUAAAACUUCACUGAUCAUUGCUGGUAUAUUCAUGGGUGCAUCAGGCUUUGUCACAUUCUUGAUACCAUUGAUUCGACGAUUCCACCAUAGAAAAGCAGAAAUGAGUCGAGAGCAAACAAUUCAAACGAAUGUCUCGACAGCGCGGUCAGAUAGUCUCGAGUGUUAA